GGAAGCCCUUGGGGAAGAUCCGGAUGCAAAAAAAUUUGUAGAAGAGGAACAGAGCAGGAGUUAUAAGCAAAUAGAGGACAGUAGACAGAGAUUGGCCAAAUUGUUGCUUGAUGGCACACAGCUAGUAACAAACAUCCAGGUGGCAGCUGAUGCUCGGGAGGCACACAGGAGAUCAGAGGAAGAAGAGCUGACUCGGCAAAGGGUUGAGAAACUGGAAAAUGAAGCCAAGGCCAACUUGGAUAAGUUUGAUGAGAUCACUGCCAAGUGGGCCAAGGCCAAGCAGAAGAUCAUCCCCCAGGAUCUCUGGGAGGCUCUAAAUCUACAGCAGUAGCACUGUGCAUUGCUGAUUGAAGAGAAGAACAAGGUUAUUAGUGAGUUGCAACAGGAAUUGAAGAGUAAAGAUGAUCAGUAUGUGAAGGAUCUUAGGAAACAGAAUGAAGACAUUAAUUUGCUGCUUGAGCGAAUGGAAGAACAGAUCCGAAAUCUCGUUAAAAUCUACCGUCGAGAACUUUUGCAUAUAGAGAAAGCCUUUGAAUUGGAGCGUCGUGAACUUCUCACAAGCAACAAAAAGAAAUGGGAGCAAGCCAUGCAAGCUCUCAACCGACAAGAGUUGGAUUUUAUGAUGGCUCGCUUGAAGAAGGUGGAGGAGUAUGAACAGGAGCUGAACCAACUGCGGGUGCAAGAUGCUGAGGAGUACAAUGUUAUAAAGAUCAAAUUGGAGCAUGAUGUGCAGAUCCUGGAGCAGCAGCUCCAGCAAAUGAAAGCCAUCUACCAACUAAAUCAAGAGAAGCUGGAAUACAAUUUCCAAGUGCUGAAGAAGAGGGAUGAUGAGAACACCAUAAUCAAAUCCCAACAGAAGCGGAAGCUCAAUAGACUGCAUGAUGUGCUCAAUAACCUGCGCCUAAAAUUAGCCAAGCAGAUCAAGCAGUAUCGUGAGGAGAACUUGACACUGACAGCUGACUAUAAGCGGAUUGUGGAGCAGUUCAAGGACUUGCAGAGAACAAUGAGACAUUUUGCCAUUGUGGAUGCUGAACAUUUCCUGGAUGUGUGGCUGAUGAAUGAAGAAGAGGCCAAAGCGCUGAUUCGCAAAGCCUUUGAUGCUGACCAUGUCAUCCAUUCUCAGCAGUUGGGGUUGCCCUGGACUGAACCUGAUGGUUGGUUCCUACACAACGUGGGACCUAUCAUCCAUACUAAGAAGAUAAAAUCAGCCAAUGAGCUGGCCCGUGAAGUGAUCACACCUGAGACAAGUCAAUCACUUCAGCAGCUCUUAUCCCCAUCUGAGGACAGACCACCAGAAGACAAUGAAGCGGUCCCAGAAGAGGAGUAUAAAGAGGGUGAGGAACCUGAACCAGAAUCAAAGAAACGUUGGUCUAUUUCAAGAAAGAUCAUCAAGCACAUUCUGGAGCUCCUUUGUGAUGAGUCGGGCUUUUUGAUUGAGAGCAAGCUUCGGGGUCUCCUGCAACCUCUAGAGAGGCCUGAUCGCGUUCUCAUGGAGCUGGACUCCAUCUUCACCGCCCUGUCCAUUGACAGUGAAGAUGAUGUGUAUCAAAUGGCAGAGUUUUUCAUGCAUUUCAAGGCUCAGAAGAUGGCUGGUUCACAGGACUUAGAUGCUGUAGUGGCAGAUACAAUUGUCAAAGAAAUAUCUAGAGAUGCAGUGAGUCUAGGAGAGGAGGAGAAGGAGGAGGUUUCUGUAGAAUCACAAGAGGAGGACAAAGUCUUCACGGUUACAACAGUGCCCCUUUCUGCAGUUUACAUGCAUCCUGAUGACAUUUUGAAGGCUCUCAAGGCAUUUGUGCAAGAAUUUCAGAUGUCAAAGGACCAAUGGCCACAGAUAAAGAAAGCACAUGAAGAGCGAGACAACUCUAAAGAUUCAGAAUAUUGGGAUGCAUUGGCUCAUGUUAUCCCAGAUGGAAAACUGAAGCUGUGGGAUGCUCUGAUUGUUGCCUUGCAAAAAUACUAUCAUUUUCUGACUCUGAGGGCAAAGUUGAUUGAAGAGACUGAUGGGCUGACUCAGCAGAAUGAAGAACUUCAGAUACUGCUACAGCAAUAUUUACAAUCCCCGGUAAGUGAAUGGGUAGAAACAUAGAAUCAUAAAAUUGUAGAGGUGUAAGGGGACCGCAUAGUCCAAUUCUCUGAAAAAUGCAGGAAAACUAAUUUAAUCCUAUAUAUGAAUUGUCCAGUGACAUGGUGGCUCAGUGGAUAAGAUGCUGAGCUUGUUGAUCAGAAAUGUUGGCAGUUUGGUG